GAGGCGAGGGGUGCUGGGCGUGCGAGGCCCAGAGCGAGUCUUGGGUCCCCCGGAGCGUGUGUGUGUGUGUGUGUGUGUGUGUGUGUAUGUGAACUUGGAGGUGCCUUGAGCCUCACAUUCUUCCCGGGGGUCUUUACACGGUCUGCUUCCCAGAGGUCCUACCUGGCACAUGGUACAUGGACCUUUUCAUGCGUCCCAAAGUAGUGGCUCCAACCCUUUUCGGCAUCUGGAGAAGAGUACUGUCUUACAGGAGGCUCGUCUAUUCAAUGAAACACCCAUCAAUCCAAGAAGAUGUUUGCAUAUUCUUACAAAGAUUAUCUACUUACUGAACCAGGGGGAACACUUUGGAACUAUAGAAGCCACAGAAGCCUUCUUUGCCAUGACUCGAUUGUUUCAGUCUAAUGAUCAAAUAUUGAGAAGAAUGUGCUACCUUACCAUCAAAGAAAUGGCUAACAUCUCUGAGGAUGUCAUCAUUGUCACAAGCAGUCUCACCAAGGACAUGACAGGAAAGGAAGAUGUGUACCGGGGCCCGGCCAUCAGGGCUCUCUGCAGAAUCACUGAUGGAACAUUGCUGCAGGCCAUUGAAAGAUACAUGAAGCAGGCCAUUGUGGAUAGAGUCCCCAGUGUAUCCAGCUCAGCACUGGUGUCUUCCUUACACCUGAUGAAGAUAAGCUAUGAUGUAGUUAAGCGCUGGGUCAAUGAAGCCCAAGAAGCUGCUACAAGUGACAAUAUUAUGGUCCAGUACCAUGCAUUGGGAGUCCUGUAUCACCUUAAAAAGAAUGAUCGCCUUGCUGUUUCUAAGAUGUUAAAUAAGUUUACAAAAUCCGGUCUCAAAUCACAAUUUGCUUACUGCAUGCUGAUCCGAAUUGCCAGUCGCUUACUAAAAGAAAAUGAAGAGGGCCAUGAAAGUCCAUUCUUUGAUUUCAUUGAGAGCUGCUUGCGAAAUAAACAUGAAAUGGUUAUUUAUGAAGCUGCUUCAGCUAUCAUUCAUCUUCCUAACUGUACUGCAAGGGAGCUGGCACCUGCUGUUUCAGUUCUUCAGUUGUUCUGUAGCUCUCCGAAGCCAGCUUUGAGAUAUGCAGCUGUGAGGACCUUGAACAAGGUGGCAAUGAAGCACCCCUCUGCUGUGACUGCCUGCAAUCUGGACUUAGAAAACUUGAUCACAGACUCAAAUAGAAGCAUUGCUACCCUGGCCAUUACUACACUUCUCAAAACAGGAAGUGAGAGCAGUGUGGACAGACUAAUGAAGCAGAUAUCUUCUUUUGUAUCUGAAAUUUCAGAUGAGUUCAAGGUGGUGGUUGUACAGGCAAUUAGUGCUCUCUGUCAGAAAUACCCGCGAAAGCAUGGCGUCAUGAUGACUUUCCUCUCCAACAUGCUCCGAGACGAUGGAGGCUUUGAAUAUAAACGGGCCAUUGUGGACUGCAUCAUCAGCAUUGUGGAAGAGAACCCUGAGGCUAAAGAAGCAGGUCUAGCCCACCUCUGUGAAUUCAUUGAGGACUGUGAGCACACUGUUCUGGCUACAAAGAUUCUACACUUGCUGGGCAAAGAGGGCCCCAGAACGCCUGCUCCCUCCAAGUAUAUCCGCUUUAUUUUCAAUAGAGUCGUACUGGAAAAUGAGGCUGUUAGAGCUGCUGCUGUGAGUGCUUUGGCUAAAUUUGGGGCUCAGAAUGAGAAUCUCCUCCCAAGCAUCCUUGUACUCUUACAAAGGUGUAUGAUGGAUACUGAUGAUGAGGUCCGAGACAGAGCUACUUUCUAUCUGAAUGUGCUGCAGCAGAAGCAGAUGGCAUUGAAUGCUACAUAUAUCUUCAAUGGUCUGACAGUGUCUAUACCAGGGAUGGAAAAAGCUUUACAUCAGUAUACAUUAGAGCCUUCAGAAAAGCCCUUCGACAUGAAAUCUAUUCCUCUUGCUAUGGCUCCUGCCUUUGAACAGAAAGCAGAAAUCACACUUGUGGCUACUAAGUCAGAGAAGUUGGCUCCUUCCAGGCAAGACAUUUUCCAAGAACAAUUGGCUGCUAUUCCUGAGUUUAUGAAUCUGGGACCCUUGUUCAGGUCUUCUGAGCCUGUUCAGCUUACAGAAGCAGAGACCGAAUACUUUGUUCGUUGUGUCAAGCACAUGUUUACCAAUCACAUUGUGUUCCAGUUUGAUUGUACCAACACUCUCAAUGACCAGCUACUGGAGAAAGUGACAGUGCAGGUGGAACCGUCAGAUUCCUAUGAAGUGCUGUGUUGUAUCCCAGUCCCCAGCCUCACUUAUAAUCAACCAGGAAUAUGUUACACUCUUGUCCGUUUGCCUGAUGAUGACUCUUCAGCAGUUGCCAGCACGUUUAGCUGCACCAUGAAGUUUACUGUCCGCGACUGUGACCCUGACACUGGGGUUCCAGCUGAGGAGGGGUAUGACGACGAGUACGUGCUGGAAGAUCUUGAGGUGACUGUGUCUGACCACAUUCAGAAAGUUCUGAAGCCCAACUUUGCUGCUGCCUGGGAAGAAGUAGGAGAUACUUUUGAGAAACAGGAGACCUUUGCCCUCAGCUCUACCAAAACUCUUCAAGAAGCUGUCAACAACAUCAUUACGUUUCUGGGCAUGCAGCCAUGUGAAAGGUCAGAGAAAGUCCCCGAGAACAAGAAUUCCCAUUCCCUCUACCUGGCAGGUGUAUACAGAGGUGGCUAUGAUUUAUUGGUGAGGGCCAAGCUGGCCUUAGCGGAUGGAGUGACCAUGCAGGUGACUGUCAGAAGCAAAGAGGAAACACCUGUGGACGUUAUCUUGGCUUCUGUUGGAUAAGUUUUUACUGGGCAAGAUGAAGCUGAUGUACUUCGCUGUCAGUGGGCUUUUAGGCUAGUGGCAUGAUUUUCCCAGAAUCCCGCUUUUAAAGAUUAAUGAUUCUGGAGAAGCAAAUUAAAUGUUUGGCCCUGAGCCAGCAGAUCAAGCAAACGUCUGUCUUUGUGCAUGUCUUUUUUUUUUUU